AUGAUGGACAAAGACAUCCACGCUAACUCAAGGCAUGCCUCGAUAACGCCGUCGACUAUGGUCUCGCCCGGGAUGGCGCCGCUGGACGGCGAUGGUACCGCCACGCAGAGUCAGACGUUCGGCCAAUCCGUUCAGCGUGCGAGGGCCUGCGACUCGUGCCGUGGGCUGAAGGUGCGCUGCAUCAGCAACGACUCACACGGGCCGUGCCUCCGAUGCCGUAAGGCAACAAGAGUAUGCGUCACAACCGUCCCCCCGGCUGGCUCGAGGAAGGUGAGGAAGAAGACGGAGGUGGCGGCGAAAGCAACACACCUCCUACUGGGGCGCUGCAGGAAUGCCGCCGGGAACAUCGUUGAUCGCGGCAUCAUCAGUUCUCAAAAGGUUGACUCUCUCUUGGCACGGGACAACACCCAGUUCGUCCCGCACAUGCGGGCCGUCAUCUUUCCCUCGGAUCUUACUGCGACAGAGCUUCGCGAGACGAGGCCUACGCUCUUUCUCGCCGUGGCAACAGCCGCGUCGACCGAUACACCGGAGCUGCAGCGGUUGCUCUCGCGCGAACUCACCAGAGUUUUCGCAGAGAAGAUCAUGAUCCGCGCAGAGAAGAACCUCGAGCUCGUCCAAGCUUUGCAAAUUACAGUCACAUGGUAUUGGUUGCCGGAUGAAUACGACCAAGUACACAUCUACCAUUUGACGACAACCUGCAUCUCCAUGGCCAUUGACAUUGGAUUGGGCGGCUGUACACCCUUGAAGCCGACAGUACCAUACGGGGCAUACGCAUUCAGCCGCGCAACACAGAUCAGCGCCAUAGAUCCGACGGCGCUUGAUGCCCGCAGAACCUGGCUGAUGUGUUACUUCAUGGCAUCCAACACUGCCUAUGCCAUGAAGCGGCCGCUUCUCUUGCGUUGGACAAGAGCAAUGACCGAGAGCCUUGAGGUACUUCGUACAUCGCCCGAAAGGUACGAGACGGAUGAAUAUCUCUGUGCGGUCGUGUGGGCGAGCCGCCUUGCCGAAGAUAUUGACCAGUACUGCGGCUUGCCGGAUGACCCUGAUGAGAUCUUCAAGGCACCGCAGACCCUGUAUUACCUCAGGAAACUCGAGCAAGAUCUGUGCACCUUCAGGGACUCGUUACCAAAGGGCAUGGCACAGGGUAGGUCUCCCCCCCCCCCCUUGCUUUAUGCCCUUCUUACAGACAGGCUUGCAUCAUCUGACGAGCCUUUAGGAAGUCUCCGAAUGGUCUUCAGCGCCAUUCCGCUUACUGUUUACAAUAAUGUGCUCCGGAUCCAGCCCCCUGAAGAAAGGCAACACAAGGCAAAUGUCGCCGCCAUACCAUCAAGAGCGCCCCGUAGCGUCAUCAUGGCUGAUUCCGCCUUCAUGACCAUGGCUAACACCGACGCCAUUUCAAGUUGUCUUUCGCAUGUCGACAUGGUUUUGGGCGCAUUUCUGUCCCUGAGCCCCGAGGCCGUCCGAAGCCUCCCAACCUUCGGCAUCAUGCGCGCCGUCAGGGCAGCGAGCAUGCUUGUCAGAUUACAUCUCACUCUUGUUGAUGAUCCGCAGCUCCUGACCCCGUUCAGGAGGGAAGACCUCCGAGCCGGACCUUGCAUCGACGAGCUGCAGCACCAUUUCCGCGCCGCCGCGGAGGGGAACCGAUGCAGGACCGCCGCCAAAUUCAUUGUCGUGCUCGCCAUGCUGAAGGACUGCAUGGGGAGCAAUCGCGGCGGUCAUGGGCCCCCGGCGCGGUCAGACCAAGCACAAGAGCAGCAGUCUCUCGAGACGCCGCUACACCUUCUCUCGCACGCUGCUGCCGCCGCGACGGCAACCGGAUCAGCGCAACAAGGGCCUGGGAUCGGCGGCAACGCUGAACGGCUCACGUUUCCUGGUCUGAACGGCCAGCCUUCAUCGGUUGCGCCCUCUGUCUGGCAAGAUUUCUCCGGCAGCGCGCAGGCCCUGUCCCUCCUGCCUGGUCCGCUGGCUUUUGAUACAGACCAGUUCAUGGCGCUCUACGAUCAGGACCUCGCCUUCUCGCUCGGUCUGGACUACAUGUACAGCGGCGACAGUAUGCCCCUGUACGCCGGAGAGGCGAGUACCGGGUUUGAUGGGACCUCGGCACAGACUCACAAUAUGAAUAGCUAA